GCCCGAGAGAGAGAAGGACGUGAUCGGCGCGUUCCCGCUCUCACUCGCGUGCGUCGUGCAACGUGCCUGCUCCGAGUUCUCUCGUGACACAUUAGUUUCUGGCCUUUCGGUUCGAAUCGGUGACGCAACUCGUUCGGUGGCCACGAUGCCGAUGGAGAAAGCGGCGGCUCUCAAAGCGGCGGUCUUGGUGCUCCUUCUCGCCGGAGGAACCCAUGGGAUCCGGUGUUAUCUGUGCGGGACCCCGGACUCCCCGGCGUGCGAGCGGGGUGCGUACAACAAGAUCACGUGCUCCCCGGGCAUCCGCAACUGCAUGGUCCUCUUCGCCAACAGCAUCAAAGAUCGACUGCUGGUCCGCGGCUGCGGCCUGGUGAACCGAGACGUGGCGGACAACCAAUGCCUGGACGUGAACGACUCCUCGACCGGGAGCUUCGGAUUCGGCUGCUUCUGCAACAGCGACUAUUGCAACUCGGCGGUGACCGUGUCCGCGGCGGGGCGGAUGUUCGCGGUGGUCCUCUCCCUCGCGGCUCUCUUCGUCUCGCGGAAACUCGUCUGAGAAGAUUCCAUCGCCUGCCUCUGGCUCUGUGAUAUGACCCCAGGGUUGUUCUCUGCCUCCGCAAUCACGAGUAACUUCGCACGAACAACGUAACGUCCGAAUUUUGAGUAAACGAUAUGCUAAGAGAGGAAAAAAGAUUUCACGUAGGUACUUUUCGGUCACGCCGUAGCGUCGAAAUCGAACGACCGUGUCUCGUUUCGAGUGUAGACCUAGUCCUUGUUUCGCGUCGCGUCGUUCGGGACUUUCAGACCAAAUCGGCAUUAGCGUUGAAUCGACACGAUUCAUUUUUCAAAUUUCAUGUUUUUUUUUUACGCCCGAAUGUAUGCUUCUCUGCAAAAAUUUUCAGUUUCGAAAGGUUCAAAAUUCCUAGCGAAGUCCUGAAAAACUUUUUUUUGUUCGUCGUUUCUUUUUUUUUGUUGUAUAAUUUUUUUUUCCAUCCCAAUCGCCAGAAUAAUCCCUUUUGAAGAACGUCGUCCCAUUUCGACACCAUCUCAUAUAUCCCCAUUGCAACACCUUGUUUUGUGUCGAAACGGGAGCAAAAGCGAGCCUCGAAUGGAAUUCCUCGUCCCGAUUGUCCUCCUCCUUCAAUAGGUCUAUAGAGAUUUUUUUUCCAUUUUGUCGUUUUGUGUGGAGCAUGCGAGUAAUAAAUAACUGGAUGACGUCACGUUGCGACAUCUCAUCACGUGAUCCCCGGAACUUUGGAAGGAAAUUAUUCAGAAUGGAUUCUUCACGGG